GUUGGUGUGGGUGUCGGUCUUAGGGGUAGCAGACAGCCCGUGAGUGGAAGCAGCACAGAAGACCUGAGAACCAUCUGGCAGGCCUCAACACAGAAGUUGCAUCAUGCGGGGGAAGGUAGACGUGCAGGGAAAGAAGGCCUUCAUCCUCUUGCUGGCCAUCAUCCUCCUGGCCUUCAUCUGUGGACUCAUCCUCAUCCUCAUGGCAUCUGCGCCGUCUAACCUGCAGAAUCAGCUCCAACCCAUGGAUGAGCAGGACACCGAUGAAGCAACAAAAGCAGAGGAAAAUCCAACUCUGGAAAAACACAUGGAUGCUGCAGAAGCCCCAAACAUGGAAGUGAAGACUCUGAAAGCACGGGAGGACAAGCUGGUGGUGGUCUCAGCAUCAGGAGGUGACAAAAUAAACCAUAAAAGGAUGAUCUUGGACGUAGAGUACGCCAACGUGGGGAAUGCCUAUGACAAGCAGACAGGUGUUUUCACAGCCCCCUACAAGGGCGUCUACUUCUUCACCUUAAGCUGCCACACAGAUGGUGGGGUCAUUCAUCUCGGCCUGCAUCGAGAGAAGGUGGAUUGGGGUGUCUGGUUCAUGGAGGUGUUGGACAACACCAAAGCUAAGAACCACAGUGCCACCGUCAGCAAGAUGGUACAGCUGGAGAAGGGAGACGGGGUGUACAUCCUACUUUUUGGAGACCAUGCUCCUCAGCGUCAUGUCGGACAAACGGUUUUCAGCGUCAUCCUUGUCCAUUCUAUGGAGAAUCUGGAGGAGCUGGCUGAAACUGGCAAACAUCAGGUGGCGUUCUCAGCCACGGGGGGCAACAAAACCAGAGAUGGCAGGUUAGUCUUUGACUACGCAAGCGUCAACAUGGGUAACGGAUAUGACACCCAGACAGGCGUCUUCACAGCCCCCAGCGAGGGCGUCUACUUCUUUACCUUAACCUACCACACGUUGGAUGGCAUCAUUGAUAUAUUUAUGCAUAAGACAGUGAGUCCGGGCAGUCUGUGGUGGUGGACACGUGUGAUGAACACCAUCAAAUAUAAGCACCACAGUGCCACCCUAAGCAAGAUCAGACACCUGGUGAAGGGAGACAUCGUCUAUUUGAAGCCUUGUAAAGACCAUGAUCUUCAACAUCAUCGCAACCAAACGAUUUUCAGUGGGUUCCUCGUAGCAGCAGGCAAACAGAAGGUGGUGGUCUCAGUCGAGGGCAGCAUAGAUGACAAGUUGGCGUUUGGCAAAGUGCACAUCAACAUGGGUAACGCCUAUGACAUCCAGACAGGUGUUUUCACAGCCCCCUCCGAGGGUGUCUACUUCUUCACCUUAAGCUGCUUCACGUAUUGGGGGAACAUUCAUGUUGGUGUGCAUCGGAAGAAGAUGGAUGGGAACACCGAGAGCAUGAUGGUGGCGUCUGCCUCCGUCGAUAAGGAUGGUGACGGUGCCACCGUCAGCAGGGUCAUACACCUGGGGAAGGGAGACGAGGUGUAUGUCAUGCCUCACGCUAAGCAUUCAUAUACAAGAUUGUUUUUCAGCGGCUUCCUCAUCAAUCCCGUGUAAACUAGAGGUUACCUGGCAGUAUGGGGUAGUAUCAGUACUGGAUGGAUGCUACCAUAUUUGUUGGCUUUUUAUUCAAUAGCAUUGGCGUGGCUUUUCUUGUGUGUAACGUUUCGUGUGUGGUUUGUGUUUUAAUUGCAUGAUGGCGUCCGGACUUUCUAUUUGGUAUUUCUAUUUGAAUAUCAAGCAUUAGGUUUGAACAGUUGGGUGUAUCGGCUGAUGCCACCUACUGGUACCGCUUUUCGUAUUUUGUAUUCCAUAUAUAACCCCUAAAGGAACCGCAGAAUGAUAGCGAUUCGGUUAAGUUUAGCUGCUAAUGUUAGCAAUCAUUGACAAUGGUUCCAAACUGUAGUUGGCCCGCGUGGCAAUUUUUGAUUUGGACAAAGCUAAAUGCUAAGAUUAUAUUUCGAGCUGCGAACAGUCUCACGUUUGUAAGUAUGCUUUGUGAAUUGGGGAGAAAAAAUGUGUGAUUAUGAUUAUUAUUGAUGUAUUCUUUGGAUCUUUCUGUAGCUGUUCAUGGUAUUCCAACACAUACUGGAGCUUGCAUUACCUGUGCAAUAAAGUAUUAA